AAGAGAAAAGGGCUUUACACUAGAAGGCCUGUACAGGAUCGACUUAGGUCUACAGACGAGAGAGACGAUGGGUUCAUCCGUCAUCACGCUCUACAAAACUCCAGCAUUACGGGAAAUGGGAUAAUCUGACUCUCAGACAAGUCCGAAAUACUUCGAUUUCCUCCAGGAAGAAGAAGGCUCAAUGAAAAUUCCCUCAGUGACCGUCACCCGGCUCGUGGACCUCUAUAAAAUGGCCAGGCUUCAAUUUGCACGGGAACAUGUCAAUUGGGCAUUGGCAGACUGUGAACGAGUUCCCUUUUCAGUGGAGAAAAUGGACUUGCCAAAAUGGGCCAAAUGGGCGUUAAUCAUAGCUGCAGGAGGGAUACUUACAAUUAUCUUAGUGAAGAUUAGCAUCUCCGCCGACACGAUAAAUUUCGGGGCAUCACAGUGUCUGAAGAAUAGUGGACAUGUCCGCAGUUUAUCCUUUUCUCAGGCUGCUGAUGCUAUGGUUACUUAUAUCAAUUAUAUGUGGUUUGGGGGAUGAAGGAAGUGCCCUACCUGGAUACAGAUUGCCUCAGGAUGUUAAACCAACAGCUUACAACCUUAGUUUGGUUACUGAUCUAGAUACAUUCAAAUUCCAAGGAAAUGUCGAGAUAAAGGUGAAAUGCCUUAAAGCUACAAACAGCAUUGUGAUGCAUUCAAAUGAUCUCUUUAUUCCUGAAAGCGAAGUAAAUGUUUUUGAGUUUGUUGGAACAGAGAUGUCUCCAGUGGGUGUAACUAGCUGUAAAGAAGUUCCUGAGAAUGAAUUCCUUAUAAUCAAACUAGCAAAAAGUUUAAAGCCAAACAAGGAAUAUACAUUGCAAAUUCCAUUCAGAGGUAAUUUGACGCAAACUUUGGUAGGGUACUACAGAAGCAGUUAUUUUGAUAGGACAUCCAACAAAACAAAAUGGCUGGGUGUGACACAGUUUGAAGCGAUAGACGCCAGAAGAGCUUUUCCAUGCUUUGACGAACCAGAAAUGAAAGCCAAAUUUACAAUUCAACUUGGCCAUCGAAAGCACUUAAAAGCUAUCAGUAAUAUGCCACAAUUAAACCAAGUCCCUAUGGAAGAUAAUGAAUGGGUGUGGAGUAAUUUUGCAGAAACUGUACCCAUGUCGACUUACCUUGUAGCAUGGGUCGUUAGUGAAUUUGACAAAAAAGUUGCGCCAGAUAAUGGAGACAUUACUUUUCGUAUAUGGGCAAGAGAGGAAGCUGUCGAACAAGUUGAUUUUGCAAGUGAAGUUGGACCUAAAGUUUUAAAACAUUUUGAAAAACUGUUUGACUUAAAAUACCCACUUCCAAAAGUUGACAUGGCUGCUAUUCCUGAUUUUGCAAGUGGUGCCAUGGAAAACUGGGGCCUCAUCACGUACAGGGAAACCGAUUUACUAUAUAUUGACAAGCAGUCAUCACUUAAAGGAAAAGAAAGAGUCGCCAUUGUGAUCGCCCAUGAACUGGCACACCAAUGGUUUGGAAACCUUGUGACGAUGAAGUGGUGGACGGAUCUAUGGUUGAAUGAAGGCUUUGCUACUUACGUCGGUUGUGUUGGAGUUAAUUAUGUUUUUCCAGAGUGGAACUACGACAAUAACACAGCCUUGGAUAACAUAGGCCAAGUCUUUGAAAUAGAUUCGCUUAAAUCUUCACAUAAAAUUUCUGUGAAAAUAGGCCACCCAUCAGAAAUCAAUGAGAUAUUUGACACGAUUUCAUAUAAGAAAGGUUCAGCCAUUAUCCGAAUGAUGCAUAAAUUCUUAGGAGAGUCUUUUUUCAAAGGAGUUUCAAAUUACCUAAAGGAGUAUAAGUUUGGCAACGCAGAGCAGGACAACUUAUGGGAGUCAUUGACUUCCCAAGCCCAUAAGGACAGAGUUCUUGAUAAAAACCUCUCCCUAAAACCUAUAAUGGAUUCGUGGACACUUCAAACAGGAUACCCUGUACUUACUGUAAAAAGGGACUACGAGAAAGGAACUGCUACUAUAACUCAAACUAGAUUUUUAAGGAUUCCAGAUGAUACAGACAAAAAAGAAAAUUGUUGGUGGAUCCCUAUCACUUAUACAACAUCCAGGGAGAAAAAUUUCAGCAACACAUAUCCAAACGUUUGGUUCAAUUGCCUUAAAGAGAAAACACUAGAACUCACUGGUCUUCCAAAAGGGAGAGAUAAUUGGUUAAUCCUUAAUAUAGAUCUUUCCGCUCUGUACAGAGUCCAAUAUGACGACAACAAUUGGAAAAUGAUCAUAAAAACAUUGAAGAGUGAUAAUUACAAAGACAUCAGCCCUCUCAAUAGGGCUGGAUUAAUUCUCGAUGUAUUCGCAUUUGCUAGAAGAGGGGAUCUCCCUUACAACCUUGCAUUUGAACUUGUAUCAUACCUGACGAGAGAAACUGAGUACUUACCUUUCUCAAGUGGUUUCUCAUCUUUCUCGCCUAUUGUCAACUUCCUCAAAAGAACACCUGGUUACGGUGUCUUAAUUAAUUAUAUUAAGCAGUUGAUGAAUCCGUUUUUCCAAAGAUACGGCCAAUUUGACCAACAGCUAUCUUCAUUAGAUGAAAAGAAAAUGCACAAAACAACAAUUUCAUGGGCUUGCCUUCUUGAAGAGCCUAAUUGCAUUUCUCAAGCAAAUUCAUUGUACAAUCUUUGGACAAAGACUGAAGAUCUCACCGAAAAUAACCCGAUUCCUACUGAUAUACAAAAAACUGUAUUGUGCACUGUGGUCCGAUAUGGCGGCUAUGACGUAUGGGAGAAUCUUUGGAAUAGGUACAGGGUAUCAAAUUACGGUUUCGAGAAAAGUGUUUUACUCAGCUCUCUCGCCUGCAGCAGAGAUGUAUGGGUAAUCAACAGGUAUUUAGAUUGGUCUAUAGACGAGAAUUCAGAAAUCAGGAGGCAGGAUGCAAUGAGCAUUUUUUCGAGUAUCACUUCCAAUGAAAAUGGCUUCUACAUAGCUAAAGACUUCCUCCACAGUCGCAUAGAUGAUAUACACAAAUUUUACAAAAACCAUCCUAGUGUACUUGGAAAAUAUCUGCAAACAUAUGGAUCACGUAUUGUUCAUCAUCAUGAACUGCAGGUGUUUAAGGAAUUCCUCAAUAAGUACAGCAAAUCAUACUUCAAAGACAUAAAACUGCAAGCAGCGCAGUCUUUGGAAAACGCAGAGGCUAAUGUUAAAUGGCUGGAGAGAAAUUAUAAAGACAUCAUUAAAAUGCUGUCACUUUGACAGACUAAAAUCCCUGUCAACAGAGUCCAAAUGAAAAACAACUCUCCAACUUUCAAAAUUAUCAGUUCCAAGUUACUAUUCUUAACAACAUUAUCUUUAAUGGGAAAUGUAUUUUUAUUGAAAGAUAACUGAAAAUGUAAUUGUACUUGAAAUCUUACAAUGAAAAUUUGUUGUGAAACGUAGUAGUUAUAUAGAGAUAAGUUAGAAUGUGAUGAAGGGUGUGGUUAAGGUGAGUCAAAUAAGAUAAUGGCUAUGUCCACAAUCUACUCAAUAUUUUUGUGUGAUAAAUACGUCAGAUAACGUAGUCGACAAGAGAUUCUGCACCUGUUAAUAUCAGUUAUAAACUCAGUUUUCAUCAAAUCAGCAAUAAAAAAUGGCAGUAUUAAGAACUGUAUGUUACGGUACACUUGUACUAGUUUUAUUCAGUACACUGUUAACUGAUGUUGAAGCAAGAAGGAAAAUUUUAAGAGGUCGUAAAACUAUCACCAGGGAAUAUUAUAAACCUCCGCUAAUUCCAGCCUGGGCUAAUGUUCUUUUGACUGGGAUCGGCAUCCUGUUGGGAGGUGCAGUUCUUUAUGGCAUCCUUUGGGCUUUUUUAAUUCGAAAUAAAGGAAAACACUAGACAAUAGAAGUCGACCUAAUUUUUACUUUUAAUUUUUACACGUUUCUUUAUGUAAUUUUUUACUAAAUAAAACAUUAACAUUCCAAAUA